GAUUCUGUGCUGGUGAAAAUAACUGGCUUGUUCAAAAGCAGCGCUGAGGAGGUUCUCUCGGCACGUCCGAGGUGCGUGACGGGAAUGGAGAACCCCGACGCAAUCGACGAAAUAAGCGUUGCAACAGAAGCGUCAGCAACACCGAGGGAUUCAGCAAGCUACGCCGAGGUGGCGCUAUCAAGAGCUUGCAAGCAGCCUGACACCCUCACUAGCCUAGAAAACGCAACGGCAAAACAUAUGGAUCACAGCAAGAACCGCGACCAUGGCCUCGCAGAGAUCGAGGCGCUGCUGCGGCGGGAGCAGGAGCUCGUGACGCAGCUCCGGGCGCUCAUCCUUCCACAACUCCACAACGUGGAUAGCGGGUCGGCCGAGCUCGCCGUCCAGCUCUUCGACGACGCGAUCCGCUGCACCACCAGCGUCGUAUCUAAGCUGUUCACUGCUGGAAGUGGAGCGACCAUCGAGCUCAUCGACGACAAGUCCUUAGUGAGGAAGAACAGCACUGGUACUACUGCUACUGCUAUCGAUGAUAAGAUGGACGAACAGGCGAAACCUAGCUGCAUCGUUGGUCGAAAGAGAAGGAGGAACGACGGCAAGCGAUCAAGAUCACUCGUGACCAAUGUUCCGCAUUAUGAUGGUCACCAGUGGAGAAAAUAUGGGCAGAAGAACAUCAACGGAAGGCAACAUGCUAGGAGCUACUACAGAUGCACCUACACAGAACGGAACUGCUCAGCAACUAAGACAGUUCAGCAACAAGAUCAAGAUGGCGGCAGUUCUAUUUAUUCCGCAGACGCUGGUGAGGAUCAGGGUGCAAAGUACACUGUCGUGUACUACGGUGAUCACACAUGCAAGGCCAGCGACAACAUCAGUAACAACAUUAUCGAUCAUCUGCCCAAUCUUGUAGAUAUAGAUCUUCGGAGGGGCGAAACAGAGCGAGUAACGUUAGAAAUUCCAGAGUUCGAGAUGGAAUUAGAUGUGCCGGCUCUGCUAGAGGUGUUCAACAAUUCUCAGCUGAAUUGGGAGAUCGUAUGCUAGCCAGUUAGCAUAAAUAUUUGUUUAACUUAAGCAUGUUUGGGUGAGUGCUCAAAUUGGAUGGUAAAUUAUUUCAAUGGUUCUUGAUGAAUGAUUCUUUAGAAACACAGUGUUGGCGCCGAGCCCUAGCUUGCUCUUUGCGCCGGUGCAGGGGCGGAGCUGCAUGGAGCUACCCUGUUGCACCGGCAACAGGGUCAAGUUGGUUUCUACUGAUAGUUUAGCACUUGGAUCAAGCGUGUGCAUGAGUGCAUCAGGCUAAACUAGCAAUGGUGCAACAGGGUAGAUGCAGAUGCAGCUCCGCCCCUGCGCCGAUGCCCAGCUCCCUCUCGCUCUCUCU